GCUCUGCGAUGCGCAUGAACCGUUUUACUUUGUACUGCGCCGUUUGACCAUGCGUUGAGCGCGUACAUCUUGUCUCACAUAUCACCCCUUUCGCAUUACUUUAAUGCAAGAUGUUCCUCGAUCCCGAACCAAAGCGCUCACGGCAGAGCAUGGCCGCCUCGCCUUUUUUCUCUGCGCAAAUGCCAGCAGAAAAACCAGAUGAUCAGCGUUGGAGGUUUAGACGGAAGCCGUUGCAAGAGCGAAGCGAGUCACGCAACAACCAGCAAAGUCUGGAUACAGAGCCAGCGAAACCCACAAUCCGCUUAGUCAAACACUCGCCGUCGCCGUCGGCGCAUACACGCAGCUCAACAUCCGACUCUUCGACCUUUGACGACAUACAAAUCGCCAAAGAGGUCGUGUUGCGAAAGCACGAGGGUGUUGUGCAUCGCUCAAGCCACCCAGAGAUCGUGCCGAGCGCUAGCGUCGCAGAACCAGGAUUUGUGGCUCUGAGCGUUUCAGACCUGUCCACGCCAGCAAAUGAGGCGCAGAAGUUGGAACUACCAUGCAGCAUCACCCUGCUGCCGAAGGGAAGCACCCAUGUUGUUCCCAGAACAGCAUGGCACCGGCGGAGUGGAUCGUCUGGAAACUACUCCAACUCUUCAACGCUCAACACAGGCGAUAUCAGCCUUGUUCUCGCCAGCAGUGGCAGAAGCGAACGCCUGAGCCAGGGCACAACAUUGCGAGGGACGCCGACGCCGUAUGAAUUGGAGCAUCGCGAGCGCCUAGAGGCUAAAGAGGCAGUCCAAGGGCCCGCUCAGGCGCUGGAGACGCUGCAAGAAGCUUCACCCGAGCGACCAACAGUCAGAGCCGUGCCACCCUCGAUCAAAUCGCCUGUAACCGGCGAUCAGCCAGGAUCUGGCCCGUCCGAGUCAUCUUCGCCACGCCCGCAGACUGCACCUUCGGUUGCAGAUUCGGAGCGAGGGCCGUUUAUUCCGCGCAACAGCUCCCGAAGGCGGUCGUCUGCAGGCCCACAAACUGCACAUCCCACCGUCACCGAGAGAUCUCAACAACGUUCACUACGCGGUCAGCUUAGCGGCGAUUCGUUGGCAACCUCUGAAACCGUUUUCACACGGCCAUCGUCACCCAUUGUAGUGGUAUACGACAGCGAUUCGUCUCGUCCGCGAUCACAAAGUCAGCCAUUACAUCAUACGCCAUCAAUCGAAUCGAUACAGUCGCGUCUGCAGUCUCCGACUAUUAUUCAGCCGAUCAGCCAUCACGAUAUAGUCGAUAGCAGCUCAUGGGCAUCACUACGGUCGUCAUCUUCGAUUGACACGCUAUCACCGAUUCACAUACCAAAGAGGAGGGCCAAGAAAAGGCCAGCGUCGUUGUCACUAGGCUCCGGCUCGAAUCUUGCAUCUGGCAGUACGAAAAUGGAUAUGGAGGAUGUUGAUACCCUGCCAUACCCACGGCAAGCGUUUAGCAGCCAUCUUAGCACCAUCGCGAGCGAGAGUGACUGGCAAAGCAGGAUCAAUAGCCAACGUCUCAGCCAUUUCUCUCUUGGCAGCGGAGUCCUGACUGGCGAUGAUUCGAGUGGUGCACGCCUUUCUGGCACAUGGACGCGGAAGCGACGCGAGAGUGCGCCUACCGUGUCGGGCGACCCGGACUCCACGCCAAGCGAUGAGGCAGGUGAUAUGACACUUGGCAUAUUCCGCGAGGAGAGCGCGAAACCACAGCCACUGUUCAAGCGCACGCCCCGCGGCUCCGAGGAAAGCAGGAAGUACGAAGGCCCUCUGCCGCCUCUUCCACCAAAACCGAGAGGCAGAGAGAGCGACGAGAUUGUCGACAGGGUCUCUAACCUGCAGACGCCAAGUCUGCGGCCGUCGCGGUCCGGCUACUCCCUACGACAGAGGAGCAACAGUACGCCGAGCGGCAGCAACAGCCAUUCUCGACACUUGAGUCAGGCCAGUAACUUGGAGAGCGAUCGGUGGAGCUAUGGGAGUAGCAUAUUCCCUCUUUGGGCCAAGCAGUUUUAUGCAGGCAAUGCCCAGCUUCUCUCCGCGAGUAAGAUCACGCUAAGCUCGAACACCACGCCGCGGCCGCAAAGACCGCCGCAUGCCCGGCAUGGAAGCCAAUGGACUGAACGCAGCGUCACCAGUCGGUUGGGUACGGGCUACAGCGAGAUCGAUACCGAAAGUCCAGCAAGCAGUCACUUCUUACCGAGCAUAUUUCGGCCGCGGACUCGCAUCAAGGGGCCGGGUGAUAGUCACGGUCGCUCAUCAGACGCUCGGCGCUCUAAGCGGACACGACCUUCUGCAGAGGGUGGCCGGCCAGACUCACUUGCGAUCUUCGAGAUCCCGCUUCCGGAGACUGGGAAUGCUGAGACACUGCCUUCUGGUCAACCCAAAUGGGGCACGCUGAAGGACAGUCCCACCCAAAAGACGACUGCAGAGUCACGCCGUCCGUUGCCAAGAAAGUAUUCGAAGCAGAAGCAUUGGAAUGACAUGCAAUUCCCACGUCCGAUGACAAAGGAUCGCUUGAGCGACUUGACCUUCGACAACCCUCAGCUCAAACCCACCCCUCGGCAGCACUCCCGUCGCUUGUCAGCGUGGCGUCCGCCAUCGGUCGUCGAGAGUCUAGAUACACUGAUAAACUCACGCUGUAACCGACAAAUCUUGCUCUUCUGCCUUGGCUUUAUCUGUCCGCUGCUGUGGAUGCUGGCUUCUGUCCUGCCGUUGCCGAAGAGACCGUCGGACGCGGACGAGUCUGAAAAGGGUAAUGGCGCGAGUGAAGAGGAUGUGCAGAGUGCUAUGAUGAAGCAUGAAGCUGGUUUUGCGGAACGGAGGUGGAGGGACGAGAAGACGUGGACGAAGGCGAGGUGGUGGAGGACGUUGAACCGGGUCAUGAGCGUGAUUGGCGUGCUCAUAAUUGGUGCUGUGAUCGCCAUUGCUGUCGUUUCGACGAGAUAAUGUCUCUUGUGUACCAGCAUCUCUUGGCAUAUACUGGAUCUUUGACCACAAUGUCAAGCAUUCUGAGUGAUGCAUGUCACGAUACCCACGUUAAGGCAUCUAAUGUAGAUAAAAGCCGGGUCCAGCGUCCCAAUAUCACCUAGCGGACGAUCAGCC